CAAUCACAAAAAUAAUCAUCAUCUAUUAAAAAAUAAAAAUAUAUAUUCAAAAGAAAAAUAUUAGCAUUAAAAACAAAAGAAAAAAUACUAAACGGUUAAUUCCCCCCUUCACUUCCGCUCUCUGUCUAUCAUCUCUGUUAUGUCUUCAUCUUCUUGAAACAAACAUUUUCCUCCCUCCUCCAUACAAUAACAACAAUAAACUUCCAAACUCAUUCAUUAUUACUAUUGGCUUCAAUGGACGCAGAGAAAGAUAAACAUCCUCCUGAGAAGUCCCUAAGCUUCAAUGCAAUGCCUACAGAGGAAGAAGAAGAAGAUAAACACCUUCCUCACAAAUCCUACAGCUUUGCCUACCGUGACGGUGAACAAGAACAACAUCUUGAUCACCACCCACAAAACCAAGACGACAAUGCACCACCAUCACCUGCAGAGAAUGAACCAAAACAGGACAAUAUUGUGGAAGAGUCCGGCCCCCCUUCUUCUUCUGAUGUAGUUAAAGUCUUGGAAGAAAUCGAUCAAUUUAUUUCCGCUCUCUCCACCGCAAAAGCUCAACAAUCUGAUCCUCCAGAAGUAACAUCAUCCUUCCAACAAUUUGUACUUCUUGUUGAUGAAAGGAUCACAAAUUAUGAUACUGAAAGCUCCGUGAGAUGGAGUCUGCUGGCAGUGGAGGACCCGUCCAAGCUUUUCGAGUCCGUGGAUCGGAUCUCCAAUCUCACAUUGUCACUAUGUGAAUUCUCUUCCGAAUCCAAGUACGCUUCCUCCAUUAAUUGUAUCUGUUCUAUUCAUCAACGCGCAAUGUCAUAUUUGGAGGACGAGUUCAGAUCUCUUCUGGAAGAUUAUAAAUCUCCAGAUAAUCAAGAAACACCGGAAUCGGACACCACCGGAGAUAGCAAUUUCCCGGGAUAUUCCGACGACGUGAUGUCGAAUCUGAAAAGAAUAACCAAGUCCAUGAUAUUAGGAGGAUACGAUACAGAGUGUUGUGAGGUGUAUAUUGAUGUGAGAAGGAAGUUAUUGGAAGAUAGCUUGCGUAAGCUAGAGUUUGAGAAGAUUAGCAUGGACGAUGUUCAGAAGAUGAAUUGGGAAUCGCUGGAGAGAGCAAUGGUUUCCUGGAUCAAAACUUUCAAGGAAUGCACCACCGUUUACCUCCCCGGCGAACGGAGGUUCACAGACUCAUUGUUCUCCGACCACAACGCUUCCAUCUCAGACAGCCUCUUUGCCAACCUCUCACGGAUCACAAUGAUUCAACUUCUCAACUUUGUGGAAGCUGUCGCCAUGACGAAGCGCUCCGCGGAGAAGCUGUUCAAGUUUCUGGACACGUAUGAGAUCCUGCGUGAUCUCAUUCCCGCCAUGGACGGUUUGUUUCCGGAGGAAUUGAAAGAUGAGAUCAGAUCCGAAGCUUUGUUGACUCGGUGCCGACUCGGCGAGGCAAUGGUUUGUAUCUUUUGCGAGCUGGAGAACUCUAUCAAGUCCGAUACAGCGAAGACUCCAGUUCCAGGCGGUGCAGUUCACCCCUUGACUCGCUACACCAUGAAUUAUCUAAAAUACGCAUGUGAAUACAAAGAAACGUUGGAUCUAGUGUUCAAAGAGCACCAGAUGAUUGAACGAGCCGACUCAAUGAACUCGGGAUCAGACUUCGAUUACACCGCGGCACAAGAUCAGAUGAAUAAUAAUAAUAAUCAGACGGAGGUGGUGCAACAAUCACCAUUCGCAACGCAGGUUAUGAAAGUGAUGGAUCUGUUAAACGCAAAUCUGGAGGCGAAAUCAAAGCUGUACAAAGACAUUUCGUUGAGCUCGAUCUUCAUGAUGAACAACGGACGGUACAUCUCGCAGAAGAUUCGUAGUGCGCCGGAGAUCAAAGGGUUGAUAGAUGAGACGUGGUGCCGGAAGCAAUCGGCAGAUGUGAGGCAAUACCACAAGAACUACCAAAGAGAGACGUGGGUGAGACUGUUGCAGUGUUUGACACAGGAGGGUUUGAAUGUGAAUGGGAAGGUGUCGAAGCAGGUGCUGAAGGACAGGUUCAAGAACUUCAACACCAUGUUCGAGGAGAUACACAAGACGCAGUGCACGUGGAUGGUGAGUGACGAGCAGCUUCAGUCAGAGCUGAGGGUAUCUAUAGCGGCGGUGGUGAUACCAGCAUACCGGUCAUUUAUGGCAAGGUACAGUCAGACACUUACAUCAGGGAGGCAAUCAGACAAGUAUAUAAAAUAUCAGCCUGAAGAUUUAGAGACAUAUAUAGAAGAGCUAUUCGACGGGAGUCCAGCACCGCCCAUGGGGAGGAGGCGGCCAUGAUCGACUACUACUUUGCAGUUGCAGGCAGAGAAGUAAGAUACCUAUAUAUAUAUGUAGAGCUAGCAGCUUUCUUUGUGCAUGAUGGAACUACGUACCUACAUAAAUCAUGAAGAUAUUAAUUAAUCAAAGGUGGUGAGGUUAAUUUUGAAGCAUCGGAGGGUAUGGUACCCUAGGCAAAUGGUUUUAUUACUCUUGUUGCUGUCCUUCAAAAAUAGUUGCAUUAGAGUAUUGCAUUGUUUAUUUUAUUGUUUUAUCUUGCAUUCCAUAAGUAUACC